UGAAGCCGCUUCUCCGCUGCCCGAGGUGUUGAGCUCUUCCUCGGGUACCGAGCAGCGCAGGGGGCGCCCUGUGUGGCCUGCGGUCUGGAGGGGGCCUGUCUUUACUGACUAUGUCCCCGGUCUAAGGGAAAGCUGUGACCGGCUGAGGCCUGCACUCCAUCGCCCAGACAGCGGCGGCCUCCACCGCCAGAAUGAGGCUCUCCGCAGGGCUCCUUCUCUGCUUCAUGCUCAUCACCUGUGGCCCCUUGAAGAGCCUCGGUGCCCGCAAUCACGGUUGUCUCUUUGACUUGAGACUGUGUUCUAAAGACGAAGUCUGUGUCCAAGAUGGUUUAUUUGGCCAGUGCAGGGCGCGCUCGGAGAGGGACGUUGGCCAGUUCCAGGUGACGCCUGGCACAUUGCAACAGCUUCAGGGGGUGCUACGCCAGCUUACAGCAAAAGGGCUCUCGUGGAGGGAUGACGUGACACAGAGGGUCCUGGCUCACCAGAUUGGAAGAAUCCCGCAGUACAGACCCCUGGACCCCCUGGAUGUGCUGGAUGAGGAAAGGUCUUUAAUGGCGCACGCUCCUGGACGGACAGCCCAGCGUCUUACGGGAGUCGCCCAGACCCCGGCGCAGAAAUGGACCGGGCCGUCCGAGAAGCUGCAGUAUUUGAGAGCUAGGCUGCCCUCCGCACCCCAAGAACCUGCCCUUCAGCAACACAGGCUUCCGGUGAGCGUGAAGCAGAACAUUCCUCCGAUGGUGGAUCGUUACCUGACCUACUUCCUCCUGAGCUCCCAGACACCCAACUCACAGUUUGCUUACCAAGAGACGCCUCGACUGAGGAACCCAUCAAGGACCUUCAGUUCCCCUUAUAACAGACCAGAGGGGUCCAGGAGACUCAUUUAUGGGAGAUACCAGGGAGGACCAGAAGUUCCUCUGACUAUUCAUUUGCCUACUGAAAGGCACCAUUCCUGGUCCGAAUUAAGGAGGAAGAUUCCUCGUCAAAGUGUCGACGACGAUCUACCUGAGGAUCUCGCAGACAGCUCUGAAGAACUUGAAGGAACAAACCAGAUACCGGAAGAUAAUCAAGAUCCUCAACCGGAGAGCAGAGCUGAGGCGGCCAGGACAUUGAGAGGUUCAGCUGGGAUGCAGAACAUACCAGACCCUCGAGCCGGUCCAGAAACGCAAGGUGUCGAGGAUGCACUGAGCUUGGCGGGCGUCCUGGAGAAAUAUGGGGUAGACUUAAGACAGUUGAGUGAAACACAAUUGGAACAGCUGUCUUCGCUCCUUCAGCUCAUUCAGGCAGAGUCCCAGCCGUACCCCGGGGCAAGAAAUGCAGAGAGGACCCCACCAAAGCGGGUCUCUGAAGGAGAAAUGCAGCAUACGGCCGAGUCGGACCCCCAGUUUUCUGCCCCUGAUGUCCCCCUGAAAAGCCCAGACACUGCUACUGCCACCACUACGCUGAGUGCCGGGCAACUGAGCCUGGAUGUGGAAGGUAUCGCAAGCCCAGAGGUUCCCACUGGCAGCAUACACCUAGAACCAAAUAUCCAGAAGAAGACAGAGCGCUACGAGAACCUGCUGGAGGCCAUCAACGAAGCGCGGGGAGAGAAAUCCAUGGAGAGGAAAAGUUACCACGAGAAGGGGGGCAACUUUCCCACCCAGAGCUCCAGCAACGCGAAGGAAGACGUGGGAUACAUCGCCACCGACCACAAGCCCCUGAGCCGGCAAAAUGGGUCUCGACUGCUGGAAACCUUGGCCCAUCGAGUCCAUCUGUCCACUGCCAGCUUCAUCAACAUCAGCAUCGUUGGACCUGCUCUUACCUUCCAAAUUAAGCAGAACAGGCAGAAUUUAUCUCUGACGGAUGUCGCAAGCCGCGCAGAAGCCCUGCAGUCAGAUCUGGAAACGGAGACGGGCGUGAAGAUUGUCCAGGCGGGUGUUGGCAAGGUGGAAAACGGUACUGUACUUCCUCACACAAGUCACUUUGGAGACAACUUGCGCUUUGUGUUGCUCAUCUUUAUCGCUUUGGCGUGCAUUGCCGGUAUAGUCAUUGCAUCAGCCGUUAUAUUCUGCAUCCGCCAACAUGCCAAGCAGCGAGAAAAAGAGCGCCUUGCGGGACUCGGCCCGGAGGGCACCGGCGACUCUACGUUCGAGUACCAGGAUCUUUGCAGACAACACAUGGCAGGGAAGUCUCUCUUCAGUCGCACGGAGGCUCCCAGCGCCGCGGCCGAGAACUCCCGCGUUAGCAGCGUGUCCUCUCAGUUCAGCGAUGUCCCCCAACCCAGCCCAAGUUCUCACAGCAGUACCCCAUCCUGGUGCGAGGAGCCAGUCCAAUCCAACAUGGACAUCUCAACCGGCCACAUGAUCCUGGCUUACAUGGAAGAUCACCUGAGAAACCGGGAUCGCCUCGCCAAAGAAUGGCAGGCUCUGUGCGCCUAUCAGGCCGAGCCAAACUCGUGCUCCAUCGCGAAGACCGAAGCCAAUCUGAAAAAGAACCGCAAUCCGGAUUUUGUGCCCUACGAUCAUGCGCGCAUUAAGCUGAGGAGCGAGACCAACCCUUCCCGCAGUGAUUACAUCAACGCCAGCCCCGUCAUCGAACAUGACCCCCGAAUGCCAGCGUACAUCGCCACCCAGGGACCCCUCUCCCACACCAUCGCCGACUUCUGGCAGAUGGUUUGGGAAAACGGCUGUACGGUGAUUGUGAUGCUGACUCCUUUGGUCGAAGACGGAGUGAAGCAGUGCGAUCGCUACUGGCCUGACGAAGGAUCGUCUCUGUACCACAUCUACGAGGUGAACCUGGUCUCCGAACACAUAUGGUGUGAAGAUUUUCUGGUUCGCAGCUUUUACCUGAAGAACGUCCAAACCCAAGAGACGCGAACCCUCACGCAGUUCCACUUCCUGAGCUGGCCGGCCACCGGCAUUCCCAGCAGCACCCGUCCGCUGCUCGACUUCCGCAGGAAAGUGAAUAAGUCGUACCGGGGUCGCUCGUGUCCCAUUAUUGCCCAUUGCAGUGACGGAGCUGGAAGGACCGGAACGUAUAUCCUCAUAGACAUGGUACUGAACCGGAUGAGCAAAGGUGUUAAGGAGAUAGAUAUCGCCGCGUCGCUGGAACACGUCCGCGACCAGAGGCCUGGGAUGGUUCGAACCAAGGACCAGUUUGAGUUUGCGCUCACGGCGGUGGCAGAGGAGGUCAACGCUAUUCUCAAAGCGCUACCGCAGUAAUAAAGAGGUGUCCUGAC